AUGGCGCGGGAGCAUCGCGGUCGCGGUAGGCGAGAGGGUUCCUCUCGUGGAGGUGAAGGAGUUUCUCGUGGUGGUGUCGGCGCUUCUCGUGGAGGUGACGAGGGUGUUUCUCGCAGUCGUGGCGAGGGUGUUUCUCGCAGUCGUGGCGAGGGUGCUCCCCGUGGGGGUGCGGUGGGCGGUUCCCGAGGAGUUGGUGAGGGUGUUUCCAGAGGACGUGGUGAGGGUGUUCCUGGCAGGGGUGUCGUGGGCAGUUCCCGAGGAGGUGGUGAGGGUUCGUCUCGUGGAGUUCUGAGUAGGGUUGAGCAAGCUGUGGGUUCCGAUGUGCCUAAGGUGGAGAAUGUUGAAGUGUUGGAGAUUCCGCACUCGCCGCGGGGGCGGUUAGUCCUUGGCGAGAUGCCCAUUGAUUAG